UGUAGCUUUCCACUUGCCAUUUCACACCCCAAUAAGCUUAGAUCUCUACCACUGAUCUUGCCAACUAUAUAUAAUCUGUCCCUCAUUACUUGUAGGCUACACCAGGAGCCAGAGAUGGGGAGCCUUGGUAUUCAGAAACAGCUGCUAUGUUUUGCAACUCUCCUGUUUCUUGUGCUGAUGCAAACUCAAGUCUUGUGCUACCAAUACAAGGUUGGAGAUUUGAGUGCUUGGGGUAUUCCCACUUCCUCCAAUAAAAAUGUCUACUCCAAAUGGUCGAAAAAAUACAGCCUCAAGAUUGGAGACUCUCUACUUUUUCUGUAUCCGCCAAGUGAAGAUUCAGUUGUGCAAGUAACCGAAGAAGCUUACAACAGCUGCAACAUUACAGAUCCAAUCUUGUAUAUGAACAAUGGCAACUCUCUGUUCAACAUUACUUCUGUUGAUAACUAUUACUUCACCAGUGGACAGAAGGGUCACUGUGAAAAAUAUCAGAAGCUCAAGAUUUCUAUGCUUUCUGGUAGUGGACCUUCUUCAGCACCUCCUUAUGGUCCAGCAGCAUCACCCUCUUACGAAAAUGUGUUUGGAUCAAUCCCAGCACCACCAUCUUCAUCUUCAUCAAUCAACAUUCCAGUCUUCUUGUCAGUAGCCAUAGGGUUCCUGAGUGCAUUAGUCUAGGCCGGCAUAUGAAAGGACAAACUCAUAUUCAAACAUUCAUCGUACAAAUAGUUCUUCAUUAUAGGUUUUCUGCUUUUUAUUGAUUCUUUAACAUAUGUAUAAGAUUCUUUGUACUUCUACCAGUGCUAUAAAGCUGCAUCUGUUACAUCUUUAUUGCUUAUAA